AUGGAAUAUCCAUAGAAUUUAUUAACUUAAGGAAUUAAAUUCUCAAUUAUUGGAGAUAAUGUUGCAUAAAUACUUUUGCUACCUGGUGAAUAAAUAAGUACACAAAAUAAUUAUGUACAAUAUUAUUCUGAUAACAUUGAAAUUAAAACUAAAAGAUCAUAUUUAAUAUUUGACAAUCAAGUCACUGUUGGGAAUAAUAGCAAAGAUAAUAUUGCAUAUGUAGGAAUUAGUGCUCAAAGUUAAAAAGUUAUGGUUUUAGAUACUGCUAUAUUUAAUAAUUAUUUAAUCAAAGAAUCGUCUAUUAUAGCAGCUAAUGAUUUUAUUGAAACUUCACAAAUUGUUUAAUUCUCAUCAACCUACUAAAAAAUUGUCUUCUCAAAGGAUUUAAUGAAACAAUAAUUAAUUUUUUUGAAAACUAAUGGAACAGUAAUAGAUAAAGAUCUUGGAGAUGGAGAAUCUAUUACUGUAUAAAAGCAUUCAAUUUUAGUUAUGUAAGAUUUUCUUCGAUAUGAAUUGAAUCAAAAAGAUAAUACUAAAGUUAAAUUGAUUGGGCCAGGUAAUUUAAUCAAAUAUUGAUAUUAGGUAGAAUUCUUUUCGAAAUUAAUCAAUAAAUUAUGCAUAAUAAUUUAAUGUUAUCAAGAAGGAAACAACUAAUACAUUUCUUAUUGCUGAUGUCCUUCAUUUUCUUUUUGUCUUUUGUUGAUAUUAUGCUUGAGAUAGGAGGUGGACUUUGA